CAAAGUAAACAACAAUAAAUGUCAUUAAAUUUUGUUGGUGCAUUCAUGCUAUAAGUAGUUGUGUUCAUGCAGAUAGUAUUUAUUAUUGUUUUUGCAUAAAAGAGGAGGGAGACCUAGAACUAAGUAGAAAAAGAAAAGAAAAAAAAAAUGGCUAUAGAUCAUGAGAUGAAGGUUGAAAUUAUUCACAGAGCAACAAUAAAACCAUCUUCUCCAACCCCCUUUCACCUCAGAGAUUUUGAUCUGUCCAUUAUUGAUCAGAUUGCUCCAGUUAUGUACAUCCCACUGAUUCUUUUCUAUCCCAAUACUGCCAAUGGUAAUGUCAACAUUAUUACUGCUGAAAGAUCAAAGCAUCUGAGAAAAUCUUUGUCAGAAACCCUCACUCAUUUCUACCCAUUGGCUGGAAGAAUCAUGAGAAUCAAUAAUCCUUACAUCGAGUGUAACGACGAGGGAGCACAAUUGGUCGAAGCUAGAAUCAACUGUUCAUUAUCAGAGUUCUUGGCAAAACCAGAUCCUCAGAUGCUGAGGAAGUUCCUUCCAACUGCUGUUGAAUGCAAAGAAAUAUCGAAAAUUAAGUGGUUGCUUCUUGUACAAGAAACCUUCUUUCAGUGUGGUGGAAUGGCGAUUGGGUUGUGCCUUUCCCAUAAGUUUGCUGAUGCAUCCACCUUAGCCACAUUCAUCAACACCUGGGCUGGAAUUUCCCGCGGCUCUGUCAACAGUUUUGUGCUUCCUGAAUUUGGAGCUUCAUCACUUUUACCACCUCUAGAUUGCUCAGAAGCACAGCAGCUUGAUCUUCCGGUCAUUCAAUUAGUGCCAGAAAAAUCAUGUGAAACAAGAAGAUAUGUGUUUGAUGCCGCUAAUAUUGCAGCUCUACGGUCUAGAGCGGCCAGUCUAGCCGUGGAGAAACCUACAAGGGUUGAAGCAGUGUCUGCACUAAUUUGGAAAUGUACAAUGGAGGCAACAAGAUCAAACAAUACCAGUGACUUUUCUUCUCCGCGGCGUUCUUCAUGGUGCCACAACGUCAACAUGCGCCACAGGGUUGAGCCGCGCUUGCCUGAUAACCUUGUUGGGAAUCUGGUGGGUUACUUUGUUGAAAAAGCAGAAGAAAGCGAAGUUGUUGAUCUGCAAAACUUGGUUGCUAAGAUGAGGAAAGCAAUAGAAAAAGUUAACAAGAGUUAUGGUGAAGGAAUUGAUCUUGAAGAGGCAUUAGAUGUAGUCCGAGAGUAUGCAAAUCUGCUCAAAAGUGACGAAAUAGAUAAUUACAACUGCACCAGUUGGUGUAGAUUCCCAUAUUAUGAUGCAGAUUUUGGAUGGGGAAAGCCUGUAUGGGUGAGUAUUUCUGGUGUGACAUUCAGAAAUAUGGUUUUCUUAAUGGAUUCAAGAGAUGGAGAUGGAAUAGAAGCAUGGUUGACGUUAAAAGAAAAAGAAAUGGCCUUAGUUGGAUCCAACAAGGAGCUUCUUGCUUUUGCUUCUCCCAACCCAAGUAUCAUUUAUAAUUAGUUAUUGGAAUUUCAAUUGUAUAACUUAUAUAUAUAUUCUACCUUCGGCAGAGUAUAUAUAUUAGUUUGUUUGUUUUAUUUGAAUUUCAGCUGAGUUUAUUGAAUACCUAUAAGCAUAUAUUUGAUUUAUGUAAUAAAUUUAGAAAUAAAAUACCUAGAUCAUAUAUUUAGUUUUU